AUGGACAACAGUGGAUCUGAUCUUGAGGAGCGCCUGCGCAACCUUAUCCUUGCCAAUGCUGCUAUGGAUAUGGGGUUGGCUCCUCCGGCCCGACCAGUACAAACCGGUCUGGCAGAAAACGGGCAGCCAGAGUCUCUGGAAGAGACUCGAUUGAGCCAGAGUCCUCAGAGCCCAAAUAUCCCCGCUGCAGCACCAGUAAAGGCGGGCCGGAAACGCCCCAACCAGGCCCAGCGUCGCCAAAUGUCAGCUCAGCUAACUAUUCCCAUCGACCCUCGGCCUGUAUUCUCUGAGCCAUCUCGGCCCUACACUGGUAAUGAGCCUCAUGGUUCUCCUAGCCACCAACAGCAAGGCCAUCACCAUCAACAGCACCGUCACAAUGGCCGCAAGCAGUACAUCCCACAAACUCAUUCUGCUGGCAUUUACCCAACCAUCAGGUCGGACCCCCUACCUAGCACGCCCAUGACGGCCUCUCCUUUCGUCAUGCGCCCGAGACAUCAGCCUUCGCACUCCUACCAUGGGCCGGUGGAGCCGAACCAAUUCGGCUGGCAACAACCGCCCCCAAUGCCUCAUGGCGGUCCGAGAGUGCCUCCGGGCUUUCCUCCUAUGCCUUUUGGUGCCCCGCCCGGUCUGCAUCCUGGGCCUCGGCCUGGCCAGGGAGGGCUGGAGCACUUCCAUUCAGGCAGGCAAUAUCACCCUCACCACUCUCGUGGAGAGGAUGCGUUUGCCCAAGCUGCGUAUCUUGAGCAGUUGUGCAGAACUAUCGUCGCGGAUGCCGAAAUUGAGCCCGCCGAUAUCAUCGAGAAGGAGAAUUUCCGCGCAAUGAUCGAGCAGGUGGCCAGGGCCGCCAUUACUGAGCAUGAGCGGAAGAAUGGCUUUCUCGACUUCCCUCCGGAGAGCGUCCAGCUCAAGUGCUUUGGUAGCCUGUCGUCGGGUUUCGCUACUAAGGCUGCUGAUAUGGAUCUGGGAUUGCUCUCUCCUCUGUCUCGUCUUCCUCCCGAUGCACCGGGUUCGCCCAUCCCACGGAUUGUCGAGAAGGCAUUCCUGGAUAUUGGUCUUGGCGCUCGCCUGCUUUCACGCACUAGGGUUCCCAUCAUCAAGGUCUGCGAGCGUCCUACGGAGGAGCUGCGCAAGGGACUGCUGGAGGAACGGGCGAAGUGGGAGCGUGGUCUCACUGGGAGCGAGGAGCCCGAGGAUGAAGAAGGUUCUCAUGAGGAUGCAGAAGCACACGAGACAGCUCAAAGUAUUCAAGCUCAUCGGCAAAAAGACGAGGAAUUGACGCAUGAUCAAUGGCUGGAGAAGCUGCAAACUCUCAAACAAGCGGAAACCCAACCUUUGCAGGCCUACUACAACAUGACUAAGAAAAUUCUCAGGAAGCUCGGAGGUCACGACAUCACCAACUCGAACAUCUCUGACUUCAACAUGGACGACUACAAGCUACUUAACCGGGUUUGCAUGGCUUUUGUCAACGGUCUCGCAGAUGCCAACCUUCGGGACCGACUCCUGAAGUACCGCUCGCUGAAUAACUACGACCUCUGCGUCUCUUUCUCGGCCUUCCGGACGCUCUGGGGCAUUCUUACCCAGGUCGAGGGCGAAACCAUGGCCAUGGCUUGGGAGACGCGCCCAAUCCGCGAGAGGGACCAACACCAAGAGCAACAUGCCGAGCGGGCCGUGAGAGCCUGGCGAGAUAUCCAAAAUAAGCCUGACUACGGAAGGGAUCCCCUCGGUUACCAAAAGGAGCUGCAACACUGCUGUGAGCAACUUCGCAAAAUCGCUUCUGUCCAGAUUCUCUUCCUUUCCCAGGGCCAGCAUGAGUCGGCCAGCAAAUACUACCUGAGGGCGAAGAAGCUGCUAGAAGAUCUUGGUGGGAAAGACUCAGUGGCGUCCAAGGAUGACCUGGUCUUGAAGACGGUGAUUGAGUACUACAUCAAGGGCAUCUUCUAUCAGCACAUUCGCGAACAAGUCGCGGUUUUUGCCCAGUCCCAUGACGCCGUCAGCCUUCGUGCCGUCGGCCGUCGCCAUAAGAGCCUACAGCUUGCGCACGAAUACGAGAACUGCCUCGAAAAGGGCCUUUAUCCCGCAGAGGCAGCAACUAAAAUCCGCAUUUAUAUCGAACUGCUCAAAGGCCCUAUGGUCCCCUCACCAUCAUCCAAGACCCAAACCGACGCCGUGAUCCCUCUACCCAAAGACGCAGACACCCUCAUCUCCGAACUCCGCCAGCUCGGCGACCCAGCGGGCAUGGCCCCGAACCAACCCCGCGACCGCUACAAUAACCCUCUCGAAUUCCCCAAGUCCGGCGUUGGCGUUCAAUGCGACAUCAACUUCUCCGCACAUCUCGCCCUGCAAAACACGCUCCUCCUUCGUUGCUACUCACACUGCGACCCGCGCGUGCGCCCGCUCAUCCUCUUCGUCAAGCAUUGGGCCAAGGUGCGUCGCAUCAACACCCCUUACCGCGGCACGCUCUCCUCCUACGGCUACGUCCUCAUGAUGCUGCACUUCCUCGUCAACAUCGCGCAGCCGUUUGUCCUGCCUAAUCUGCAACAGCUUGCACCUCCCCCACCGCCCAACCUAACACCGCAGGAGAUUGAGGAGACGGUCGUGUGUAGGGGGUGGAAUGUUCAGUUUUGGAGGGAUGAGGCUGAGAUCAAAAGGCUGGCGGCGGAGAAUCAGCUGACGCAGAAUAGGGAGAGUAUUGGGGAGUUGUUAAGAGGGUUUUUUGAGUACUAUGCUAAGGGGGGAGGCCAGCCGCUGUCAACGUUGCCGGGGACGAGGGGCUUCGAUUGGGGGAGGGAUGUGAUCUCGCUGCGGACGCUGGGCGGGUUGCUUACUAAGCAGCAGAAGGGUUGGACUGGUGCCAAGACGGUUGUAGAGCCCGCAGGGCCGGUUGCUGGAGGGGAUGCUGCAAAUGGAAAUGGCAAUGGGGAGGUUGUCACCGAGAAAAAGGAGGUGAGGUAUCGGUAUUUGUUUGCGAUUGAGGAUCCGUUUGAGCUGGAUCAUAACGUUGCACGGACGGUGACGCAUGCGGGGAUUGUAAAUAUUCGGGAUGAGUUCCGGAGGGCGUGGAGGAUCAUUCGCAAUGCCGGGCGUACUCCUCUGCAUGGGCAGGGACACAAGGGGAAGAAUGGAGGAGGCCCUGCGAUGAGCCAGGAGACGGAGGAUCUUUUGGAGGAUAUUGGUGCUGCUGAGACUGAGAGGGAACGAGUUAUGUUUGCUGAGUUGUUGGAGGACUUACAUGGGAUAAGGGAUGAGAAGGGAGAGUAG